GAAAGAACAAACGACGACAGUGAAGUUUGCUUAGUAUACAUUCAUGCAUCAAGAUGACAGUCCAAACAAUGACUGAAAAUCCACAUGGAAUGCCUGACACUUCUGACUAUUAUGAUUACGAUAAUCAAACCAGUGGUAGCUAUGACGACGACAUCUGUUUGAAGAAAAAUGCUAUCCAGUUUGGGAAAGCUGUCACUCCAAUCAUUUUCAUCAUCGUUGUUUUGUUCAGCUGUGUGGGAAACACAUUAGUCUUGUGGGUCCUUGUGAAGUAUGAAAAUCUGAAAUCCCUCACCAACACAUUACUGUUAAAUCUGGCUCUCUCUGAUCUGAUUUUCACCUUUGGCCUGCCUUUCUGGGCCUACUACUACAUGUAUGGAUGGACUCUUGGAGAUCCUGCUUGCAAAGCAGUUAACUUUGUGUUCUACACAGGAUAUUACAGCAGCAUCAUCAUCCUGACGGUUCUGACCGUCCACCGCUACAUGGCCGUGGUUCAUCCCAUGUCAGUUGUCAUGUCUAGGAAGAGCCUGCAUUACUACGCAACAUCAAUUGUCAUUUGGAUCAUCAGUCUUUGUGCUGCCAUCCCACAAGCCAGGUUCAACUCAGUUGUAUCCAGCUCCGUUGAUGUAUUUAUAGAUGCCCAAAACAACGAUACCAGUGUGGUCCUGCUCUGUGAUUUUGAUGGUGAAAUUAAUUGGAAACUCAUCAGUACAUACAUGCAAAAUUCAUUUUUCAUUAUCGCUUUUGUAAUCACUGCUUUUUGCCACACUGUGAUCUUGGGAUGGCUGUUUCGAUCAACUCGUAGAAAGACGAUGCAGCUCAUCCUCUUCAUGGUGGUGUUUUUUUUCUUGGGAUGGGGGCCGUACAAUGUGGCCAUAUUUCUGGACUCUCUGAUUUCAUGGGAAAUUGGUCUUUUUAGUGAUUGUAAGCUGACUGAAUCUUUAGACUAUUUGAUAUACGUCUCUCGGAUGGUGGCUUUCUCACACUGCUGCCUGAAUCCUCUGUUUUAUGUUAUUAUGGGGAUAAAAUUCAGAAACCACUUGAAGAAAAUGUUAUGUACUUUCUGUGAUUACAACACAGAGCCUCAGAAUCGACAAAGCAGGCUUAUUUACUCCAAUGGCAAAGAAGUAUCUAUGUAUUAGCGCUCUACAUUUAAAAAAGCAAUGCAUGUACUGACAUUUGUCAACAAAGUGAAUGCAACGUAAAAUGUAUGUACAGUAAACUGUUUAGAUUACUGCAAUUGCAUGUAAAAGGCUCUAAAAAUCUAUGAUGCAAUCUUACAAGACAUUGUUACAUACAUUUACUGUGUUAAGUUGAUUUGCAAUAUAUAGUUGCUUUCUUUAACACAUUCAUUAUUGAUGCUACAAAUUCUGAACAAAUAAACUGGUGUGUACAUACAGUGAACA